CUCGCUCGCUCGCCCGGCUACGAAGGGAUUACUGAUGUUGUAUUGCAGGGCUAUCUACGUGACUACGAGCGAGGGGGACUACGCGACUACUACCCUACCCGGUGCCCCACAACAAAUUCCCUACCCAACCCCCGCCACGUCGAAGGCGACCCGCCGACGUCGAACCCCACCCCUCGCGCGGACCCCGCCCCACCCUCCUGGACUUCAAGUCCCACCCUCCUGGACUUCUAGCCCCACCCUCGCACGGACCCCACCCUACCCGCCGCCGACUCCGAAUACGGACGCACAGAAGGUAAGCCCCCUCCCUACCUCGACUGUCUCGACGGAAUUACUGACCCCUUCGACCAGAUGCCUGACCCCCUUCGACUAGAUGUCUGACCCCCUUCGACCAGACGACUGACGCCCUUCAAUUAGACGACUGACCCCCUUCGACCGACGUCUGACGCCCUUCGACCAGACGACUGACCCCCACCCCGCUUAGUAAUCUCUGCCGCGCGCGUCGUCGUGCUAGAAGGGGAGGGGAGAGGGUAGGUGGGAAGGGGGGGUGGGGGAGAAGCGAGAUAGGGGAGGGGUGAGA